CACGGGCCCGCCCCCGCCCCGCCCCGCCCCGCCCCGGAGCCGCAGCGACGCCGGACGCCCACGGUACCUAAGUCGGCAGUUACUAUGACUUCCUUGGUCUGGAGGCUGGUUUCUGGAAACACCAACCGUUUCUUGACUACGUCAUCUGGUAACCAGAGAGUUGAGGACUGUCAUCGGCAGCCUGAAGCCUAUGAGUACUUCCUGCCUAUCCAGACCAGGUGGCAGGACAAUGACCAGUACGGCCAUGUGAACAAUGUUGUGUACUACAGCUAUUUCGACACUAUUAUCAACCACUAUCUGAUCAGGUACUGUGGCCUGCAAACCAGCUUGCUGACGUCCCCCAUAGUGGGGUUCAUGGUGACCAAUCAGUGCAGCUACCACACACCUAUUGGCUUCCCUCAGAUCCCAGUGGCUGCCCUGGCUGUGGAGAAAGUGGGGCGCUCCAGCGUGCAUUACCGACUGGCUCUCUUUCCACCGAAACUCUCCAAGGAGCCGCCUUCAGUAGAUUGCUGUGACCUCAGUGACGGAUUUUUCCUUGGCCACCCCAGGUUGGCAGAGUUUGACACUUUGGCCUGUACCACAGGCUCCUCAGUCCAUGUCUUUGUGAAUCCAGCCACCAGCAAGCCAGCAGAACUUCCUGAAGAUUUCAGGAGAGGACUUCAAAAGCUAAUGAGGCCAGCCUCAGUGUGAUUUAUGCAACAUGGAAUGUCCUAAAAGAAAAUUUUGAUUAUUCUCUGUGCAACUUAAUUCUUUAGCAUAUAUAUCUGUCCAGACAAUGACUAUCAGUCCCUUGAAAGUAUUUUUAAAAUAUUUUUGUUUAUUUACUUGCAAAAAGAGAAAAUGGGCAUGCUAGGGCCUCUAGCUGCUGUAAAUGAAUUCCAGAAGUAUGCACCACUUUGUGCAUCUGGCUCUACAUGGAUACUGGGAAAUCAAACCAGGGUCUUUAGUCUUUGCAGGCAAGUGCCUUAACUGCUGAGCCAUCUCUCCCUAGCUCCCUUAACAGUUUUUUAUAGGAGAAUCAUCUAACUCCAUUCAUGAUGUCUUAUCAGCCAUGGGCCAAGUUUUUUUUUUUUAUCCAGCAUUCCUCUCAGAGUUGAGGCAGAUACCAUUCUAACUUCUCUUUAAGAAAAAAGGGAAAUGAAGUUUGCAGAGUAAAGCCAUAGCCUCAGGGAAGCCAACCAGGUUUCCUACCUCCAACCCGAUAUCCUUCCUGACCACACAGCUCUCAGCCCAGACCGGCCUGUGGUCAUGGAGGUGUUUCCACACGUGAGCUAUGUGUUACUUACUACCAGCAGAUCAGUGCUGGCUUCUCUAGACCCAUGUCACUUUUCUUUGCCAAUAUCUUACCAGCUAGGCUGAAUACUUCUCGUUGAUAUGGGUUCAUUAAUCUGUUAUGUCCAUUCAUUAAUUGUCCUCAACUUCUUUUAGUAAGUAGACACUGGCCCUUAACCCCUAUUUUUUAAUGUGAGCUUUAGUGCCAGAAAAAUCACCUUUCUUUCAUAUGUUUAAAACAACAACCCUCUAUCAGUCACUAGUGUCAUGGAGUGAUGCCAACAAGUAAAUGAAUAAAGUGAAUCUUUGGGGCUGAA